UCCGACUGAAUAAUGAAUAAUCUACAGAAAGAUCGUUAGUACGGAGUACUCGGUGUACACGAGAAUAGAGUAUGGAUACAGAGUGGUGGUUGAGCAAGAAUAAUCAAUUUUAUCCGUCUUUUCACUGGCCGAUGCUUUCCCUUAAUGGAUGCUAACGUCGACAUAGUUUAUAAAAUCCGCGAACUGCCUGCCACCCCGAAUUGACGCUACUUACUUACGUUCACUUGAAGCUUUCCCCUUUGAUUCUUGAUACCGUUAGCAAUGGCCGUUUCAGCGAUGGCAGAUGUCAGCGGCGCUCAGAAAAGCCCUGUUGUAGAUUUACCGGAGUACACAUUGAAGGAAGUUGCACUGCAUAACCGCAAAGACGACAAUUGGAUUGUGAUCCACGGACAAGUGUACGAUGUGACAAAAUACCAGAAAGAUCAUCCCGGCGGCGCAGAUGUUCUGGUUGAAGUUGCCGGCUCAGAUGCGACGGAAGCAUUUGAAGACAUCGGUCAUUCAGAAGAUUCGCGCGAGAUUCUGCAAGAUUUCCUGAUUGGAACCCUUCAGGACAGGAAAGAAUAUGUUCCUCCGAAGAAAGUUCGCGUCAUCGCUCAGAGUUCCGUCGAGACUCCUUCUUCAUCACCGGCCCGAUACGUAGGAGCGGUCACCAGUCUGCUAGGAGCAGUCGCCUCCUUGAUCUAUGUCUACCGUCGCGGUUCUUUGCACGCACUUGAGACCACAGGGUCACUUCACAGAUAUCUCUCUCCACAUUUAAACGGGCUAAGGCUGCCCCGGGGAGGCUUCGCCAAUGGAUUUAUCGCAGCUACUCUGAUUUGUGCGGCAGCAGGUGGUGUUAUCGCACGUAAAGCCGCCAAACUCACCAAGAUCGAGUCGGGAUUCCUGCACUAUCCGCCGCAUAUCAAGGCACGCAAGGCGCCCAAGGUUGACCCGCACUUGCUUAAAGGGUUCCUUGACCCGAAGGAGUUUCAGCGCCUGCCUCUGAUCCAGAAGGAUCAAUUAUCUUCAAACGUAUACCGCUUCGUGUUUGGGUUACCUGAUAGCAACGGGGUGAUUGGUCUUCCCAUCGGGCAGCACGUCGCCAUUCGCGCUGUCAUCGAUGGUGCUACCGUGAGUCGGUCGUAUACACCCGUUUCGAACAACCUAGACCGAGGAAGACUGGAAUUAGUCGUGAAAUGCUAUCCGGACGGCAUGCUCAGUGGAAAGUACCUAGCGAACCUGCAAGUGGGUGAUGAGGUCGAGUUCAGAGGCCCCAAAGGAGCGAUGCGCUACAAACCAGGGUUCUGCAAAAAGCUGGGAAUGGUAGCCGGAGGAACAGGAAUCACACCUAUGUACCAGCUGAUCCGUGCUAUCUGCGAGGACGAGCGUGAUACGACAGAGAUCAGCCUUAUCUACGCCAAUAGAACCGAGGCAGACAUCUUGCUGCGGGAUGAACUCGAGGAGUUUGCCCGCAAAUAUCCCAAGAAUUUCAAGCUGUGGUACAUGCUUGACACUGCGCCGGAGAAUUGGGCGUAUGGAAGCGGGUUCGUCAACCAGGAGGUCCUCAGUGAGAGGCUAUUCGCGCCUUCGCCUGACAGCAAGGUUCUCCUCUGCGGGCCUCCGGGCAUGGUGAGCGCUACCAAGAAGACGCUGGCUGCGAUGGGAUUCCAGAAGCCAGGACCAGUUUCCAAGAUGACCGACCAGAUCUUUUGCUUCUAAUCUGGUAUCUUCAUUGGCAAGGGGAGGCAUGCGUAUUGUAUCAUACAGUGGAAUGUACUGCAAUUGUUCAUCUCGUGAUGCGCCGAGUAGUCUAGUCGUUUUUCC